AACAGUGAGACGUCACUUGGGGUAACCAUAACGUCGUCAAGGCUGUGGCGUCACGCCUCUAAGCGGAUACGGCAGAAGUUUUGGAGUCAGACACAAGACUUCCAAGUUUGAAUGGGCAGCGCAAAACUCGGGCAAGUUUUCCAGUAGUGCCGCCGAUCCCAGCCAGGCCCGGAAGACACAACGAGAACCGUGAGCCGUUAUGAAAGCCUAAAACACUGAGCUCGCCUCCUGCCAGACAGCAGACGCACAAACCUACGCCUCCGAGCGCUCCCUCGAGGUCCCGCCUACUCUUCUCUCCCGAGCCCGCUAGAGGUCUGGAGGAGGAGGGGCCAAGGGUGAGGAGGAGGGGCCAAGGGUAAGGAGGACAGUAUGAGCAUGCGCACUCAGUGCCCAGUCAGUGAGCCAAUAAGGAAUCUCGCGAGGGUUGAAAGUCGGUGGCGUAGGUAGUCGUCCUGGAUGCUGGAGAGAUAGACGAUAUCUGCCAGAGGAAGAGGAGGAGGCGGCGGCGAAGCGUUUUCCCAGCCUCAGUCUCUUUCGUUUUCCUUUUCCCUUCCCCCAACCCUCCGCCCUUCUCUAAAUCAGCCCGCCUUCCUUGACCUCAGUGACCCGUCUGGCCCCGCCCAUCCUCGUCGACGUGAUUCCCGCCGUGAGGUAAGCGCCGGUGGAACCUAGAGCCCCGCGGAAGAGCAGAACGUCUGGGAGUGUGCAGCUCCUGGGCCCGGCUCAGGCCCGUCGCGGAGGCGCGGCGCGGGGGAGCGCUCGGGUGGGAGUCUCGCUCCUCCACCAGUUUAUUGCGACGUAGCCACCCAGGCCUAGGCCUCCCCGUCCAUCCCCGCCGGACUCGGCCUCUGGCAGCAGCGGGUGACGCAGACGGAACAUCAUGUCGUCCGCGGCCGAGCCUCCGCCACCCCCGCCUCCCGAGAGCGCGCCUUCCAAGCCCGCAGCCUCGACCGCCAGCGGCGGGAGCAACAGCAGCAACAAAGGCGGCCCCGAGGGCGUCGCUGCGCAGGCGGUUGCGUCUGCGGCCAGCGCGGGUCCCGCAGACGCCGAGAUGGAGGAAGUAUUUGAUGAUGCGUCACCUGGAAAGCAAAAAGAAAUCCAAGAACCAGAUCCUACCUAUGAAGAAAAAAUGCAAACUGACCGGGCAAAUAGAUUCGAGUAUUUAUUAAAGCAGACAGAACUGUUUGCACAUUUCAUUCAGCCUGCUGCUCAGAAGACUCCAACUUCACCUUUGAAGAUGAAACCAGGACGCCCACGAAUAAAAAAAGAUGAGAAGCAGAACUUACUAUCAGUUGGCGAUUACCGACACCGUAGAACAGAGCAGGAGGAGGAUGAAGAACUACUAACAGAAAGCUCCAAAGCAACCAAUGUUUGCACUCGAUUUGAAGACUCUCCAUCAUAUGUAAAAUGGGGUAAACUGAGAGAUUAUCAGGUCCGAGGAUUAAACUGGCUCAUUUCUUUGUAUGAGAAUGGCAUCAAUGGUAUCCUUGCAGAUGAAAUGGGCCUAGGAAAGACUCUUCAAACAAUUUCUCUUCUUGGAUACAUGAAACAUUAUAGAAACAUUCCUGGUCCUCAUAUGGUUUUGGUUCCUAAGUCUACAUUACACAACUGGAUGAGUGAAUUCAAGAGAUGGGUACCAACACUUAGAUCUGUUUGUUUGAUAGGAGAUAAAGAACAAAGAGCUGCUUUUGUCAGAGACGUUUUAUUACCAGGAGAAUGGGACGUAUGUGUAACAUCUUAUGAAAUGCUUAUUAAAGAGAAGUCUGUGUUCAAAAAAUUUAAUUGGAGAUACUUAGUAAUAGAUGAAGCUCACAGGAUCAAAAAUGAAAAAUCUAAGUUGUCAGAAAUAGUGAGGGAAUUCAAGACUACAAAUAGACUAUUAUUGACUGGAACACCUCUUCAGAACAACUUGCAUGAGCUGUGGUCACUUCUUAACUUUCUGUUGCCAGAUGUGUUUAAUUCCGCGGAUGACUUUGAUUCCUGGUUUGAUACAAACAACUGCCUUGGGGAUCAAAAACUAGUUGAGAGGCUUCAUAUGGUUUUGCGUCCAUUCCUGCUUCGUCGAAUUAAGGCUGAUGUUGAAAAGAGUUUGCCUCCAAAGAAGGAAGUAAAAAUCUAUGUGGGCCUCAGCAAAAUGCAAAGGGAAUGGUAUACUCGGAUAUUAAUGAAGGAUAUAGAUAUACUCAACUCAGCAGGCAAGAUGGACAAAAUGAGGUUAUUGAACAUCCUGAUGCAGUUGAGAAAGUGCUGUAAUCAUCCAUAUCUCUUUGAUGGAGCGGAACCUGGUCCACCUUAUACAACGGAUAUGCAUCUAGUAACCAACAGUGGCAAAAUGGUGGUUUUAGACAAGCUGCUCCCUAAGUUAAAAGAACAAGGUUCACGAGUAUUAAUCUUCAGUCAAAUGACAAGGGUAUUGGACAUUUUGGAAGAUUAUUGCAUGUGGAGAAAUUAUGAGUACUGCAGGUUGGAUGGUCAGACGCCCCAUGAUGAGAGACAAGACUCCAUCAAUGCAUACAAUGAACCAAACAGCACAAAGUUUGUUUUCAUGUUAAGCACACGUGCUGGUGGUCUUGGCAUCAAUCUUGCGACUGCUGAUGUAGUAAUUUUGUAUGAUUCUGAUUGGAAUCCCCAAGUAGAUCUUCAGGCUAUGGACCGAGCACAUAGAAUUGGACAGACCAAGACAGUCAGGGUGUUCCGCUUUAUAACUGAUAACACUGUAGAAGAAAGAAUAGUAGAACGUGCUGAGAUGAAACUCAGACUGGAUUCAAUAGUCAUUCAACAAGGGAGGCUUGUGGAUCAGAAUCUGAACAAAAUUGGGAAAGAUGAAAUGCUUCAAAUGAUUAGACAUGGGGCAACACAUGUGUUUGCUUCAAAGGAAAGUGAGAUCACUGAUGAAGAUAUUGAUGGUAUUUUGGAAAGAGGUGCAAAGAAGACUGCAGAGAUGAAUGAAAAGCUCUCCAAGAUGGGUGAAAGCUCACUUAGAAACUUCACAAUGGAUACAGAGUCGAGUGUUUAUAACUUCGAAGGAGAAGACUAUAGGGAAAAACAAAAGAUUGCAUUCACAGAAUGGAUUGAACCACCUAAACGAGAAAGAAAAGCCAACUAUGCCGUUGAUGCAUAUUUCAGGGAAGCUCUUCGUGUUAGUGAACCUAAAGCACCCAAGGCUCCUCGACCUCCAAAACAACCCAACGUUCAGGAUUUCCAGUUUUUUCCUCCACGUUUAUUUGAGUUACUGGAAAAAGAAAUUCUGUUUUACAGAAAAACUAUUGGGUACAAGGUACCCCGAAAUCCUGAGCUGCCUAAUGCAGCACAGGCACAAAAAGAAGAACAGCUUAAAAUUGAUGAAGCUGAAUCCCUUAAUGAUGAAGAGCUAGAGGAAAAAGAGAAGCUUCUAACACAGGGAUUUACCAAUUGGAAUAAGAGAGAUUUUAAUCAGUUUAUCAAGGCUAAUGAGAAGUGGGGUCGUGAUGAUAUUGAAAAUAUAGCAAGAGAAGUAGAAGGCAAAACUCCAGAAGAAGUCAUUGAAUAUUCAGCUGUGUUCUGGGAAAGGUGCAAUGAGCUCCAGGACAUAGAGAAGAUUAUGGCUCAGAUUGAAAGGGGAGAGGCGAGAAUUCAAAGAAGAAUAAGCAUCAAGAAAGCACUUGACACAAAGAUUGGACGGUACAAAGCACCUUUUCAUCAGCUGAGAAUAUCAUACGGUACUAACAAAGGAAAAAACUAUACUGAAGAAGAAGAUCGUUUUCUGAUUUGUAUGCUUCACAAACUUGGAUUUGACAAAGAAAAUGUUUAUGAUGAAUUACGACAGUGUAUUCGCAACUCUCCUCAGUUCAGAUUUGACUGGUUUCUUAAGUCCAGAACUGCAAUGGAGCUCCAGAGGAGAUGUAAUACCUUAAUUACUUUGAUUGAAAGAGAAAACAUGGAACUAGAAGAAAAGGAGAAGGCAGAGAAAAAGAAACGAGGACCAAAGCCUUCAACACAGAAACGUAAAAUGGAUGGAGCACCUGACGGUCGAGGAAGAAAAAAGAAGCUGAAACUAUGAAUAUGUUUUUGUUUCAUAAUCACUAACUUUAAACCAGUAGUUCUUUAAUUUACGGGUCUUCAUAAGAUGUACUGUACAAUGCUCAAUUGUUAUGUCAUUUAAAGACAUCAGGUUCAUCUGUUUACUGAGCUAGAAACAUAGUAUGUAGUUUCACUUUUUUAAAUGCAACAGCUGUGCUGAAAUUUUUUUAUCAUUAACACUUGAAGUAAUAAAAUAGGCUUCAUUUAUUACUGUUUCAUUUGAUUUAUUUUUCUGUUGUAGUUCCAUUCGUGAAGAUUGUGACUUUUUGUUUAUUAGCUAUAAUUUCUAUACUUGUAAGGUUUAAAAACAAGUUAAAAAGAAAAUUGCAAAUAACAUUUGUCCCUUUCAGUCUUCAUUUAGUUGUAUAAUUAUUUUAAUUCACUUUGCCUUUGCAGAAAUUUGGGUAUUUUCUUUGUAGUGCUAUUGAGUCUCAUCUGGAAAGAUUAUAUAAAUUGCAUUCUCCUUGCUUAUGUGGGUAGAAUGGGAAAAGAAGGCAAGACAAAGUAUACUUAAAUUCUAUGCAUAUUUCUGUUAUGCUUUCUGUUUUUUUAGUUGAUUCUGAAAUGAAUACGCCCUGUUCUUUUGAAAGAAUGGCCUUUUAGUUGUAUAGCCAAAGACAUUUAGUAUUUUCCGGUUCCUUAAGGUAUUACUGUACCAUUUUGUAAAAGGAAUAUUAUUAUUAUUAUUUUUAAUUAUUUGGUAAAUAUUUUGUCAUAUGACCUUCUGAAGCAGCCACAACUUAGAUAAUGUCAGAACUAAGGUGAUUUUUUUUUUUAAUUUUGAAAGAACCAGCCAAAAUGAGGUGUGAAUUUGUCAUACUGUUACAUUGAAAUUGGUAACAAAAUGUAUCCCCUCCCAUUUUGAGUUUUAGGGUAAAUGAAAAUUUUAUUGUAUUUUAAAGUAAUUUCUAAGUGUUAGCAAGACUGACUGUAAUUCCAGUUUCUGUUUUCUAUGGACAGACUUGAUAAACUGGAGACCCUAAAGCAGGAAUACCCAAAUUAUAGUGUCAGGAUUUUAGCUGUACCAGAGGCCUUUAUGUGCUACACAUAAUUUGUAUAAAAUUUUAUAUGUGCAGAUUGGGUACAUAAACAGUUCUCCAUUUUUCUAAGGGAAUGCAAUAAAUGUAGCAUCGUGAAUAAAUAUAACUUUUAUAAUCUGUAAA